AUGUCUCCCCAUCGCUUCCUCCUCGUCUCGCCCGCUACAAGAGGUAUUUCGCUCGCCGUAACACGCCAGCUACUCCGUACUACAGACCUGCCGCUCUUCGCUACACAUAGGUCAGAUAAUGCCGACGAAGUCAGGGAGAAUAUCCUGUCGCCGCUCAAAGGCGAGGGCGAGGACAGACUUCAUCUACUCAAGCUCGACCUCACCUCAGAGGAAAGCAUCAUGUCGGCCGCGGAAUCGCUGGCCACCAAGUUACCGAAGGACACUGAAUCGUAUAUCCACACCGCCUUCUUUGGCGGCGGCGUGCUCCACCCCGAGAAGCAGCCUUCCGAUCUCAACGAGAAGAACAUCGCGUCGACAUUCCAGAUCAACGUCAUUUCGCACCUCCUUCUCAUCAAGCACUUCUCCCGCUUCCUGCCUCCCGCAAAGCCAAAGGAGGAACUAGACGUCCCUGCGAAGUGGGUGCAUGUAUCCGCUAGAGUAGGGUCGAUCGAGGACAAUAAACGUGGCGGAUGGUACUCGUAUCGGUCCUCGAAAGCGGCGCUGAACCAAGUCAUCAAGACCUUCGAUCUGCAGCUGCAGAUGAACAAGAACCAAGCUAUAUGCGUAGGCGUGCACCCGGGAACGGUGAAGACGGACUUGAGCCGGGGGUUCUGGGAGAGCACAGACGUGAAGGACAAAGCAUUCGAGCCCGAAGACGCCGCUAGCAAACUGGUCGGUGUGAUUGACCAACUCAAAGUAGAGCAGCGGGGAAAAAUAUGGGAUUGGGCGGGCAAACAGGUUCCUUGGUGA